UCGAAAGUUAGUCCUUAAAUACAGAGUAACGGUCACUGUGGUGAUUUUCCCGCAAAAAUCACUGGCUUAAUUAUUAUGAAAUGUUCAAGUUCUUCUCUACCCACAAUGGAAAUCUCCUCCAAAUCCUCAAAUCCCAAUUCAAAAACCAAAAAUUCCAUAUGCACAUAGCACAUCUUCAUAGCCCCAACAAAACCCUAAUCACAAACGCCGCAAUUCAAUUUAUCUUGGACGAGUUCAAAGAGCCCGAAUCAUCAAUAGUUUCCGAACCAAUAACCCAAUUUGCACCCAAAAACAAUGUACAAGUGAAACCAAACGGCAUAAAAGAGACUGCUGCCGUUCAGAUUUCGCAUCCGUGGCCUGAAUGGGUUGGGUUGAUGGAAAUGUUGAUGAAAAAAGCGUAUUUUGAAGGAAUUGGAAAUCCAUUUUCGAAUGGUGAAGUGGAUGCGACGGGUUCAAAUUUUAUUCGUACUGCUUGUUUGAAUUUCGCUCGUGAACGGUUUGAUCUCAUCAGGUACUUGUCUAGAAAAGAUAUUCAGGUGGUUGCAGAAUCAGGAUGUCCAAGCAUAGAUAGGAAAGUUGUCAACUCGGGGAAGCGUUUAAGGGCACAUGUGGGCAUUAAUGAAGGAAAUGUUUGCAGCUCCUGCAUUUUGAGGGGAAACUGUGAGAGGGCAUAUGUCAAGGCCUGUAAGGAUGAAGGCGGGCGCACUGUGGAUGUCAUGCGCUUCUUAUUAACAUAUGGGCUUGAUCCCAUUACUGGUUCAGUGGAGAACAAGCCUUGCUUAAACAAAAGGGUUAAGGAAUCAGUUAGGAGGUUGCUGAAAGAAAUGGUGGAGCUUAACACGGAAAAACUUGAUGAUUUCCCCAAAGCCAUUCCCUCCAAAUCGAAUUCAUCUAUGCAAGAAAUUUCAAGUCACAAAGGACAAAGUCAAAUUAAUGUUCCAAUGAAGCAAGGCGAUUGGAUGUGCCCCAAAUGCAAUUUCCUUAAUUUUGCUAGAAAUAUCAAGUGCUUGCGCUGCAAUGGGUUAUUCCAAGAAAGACUAAGAAAACUAAGUGAAGAUCAGGAUCAUCUUCCAUUAAAGAAGGGAGACUGGAUAUGUGACAAAUGCAAUUUUUUGAAUUUUGCAAAGAAUUCAAGAUGUUUGCAGUGUCAAGAGAAGCCACCAAAGUGGCAACUAAAUCCCGGGGAGUGGGAAUGUGACUCGUGUAACUACAUCAAUUUCAGAAAAAACAUGGUAUGCUUGAAAUGUGAUCAUAGACGGCCAAAAGCAUUAAAACCUACCGAAAAUUCUGCUCAACUACUACAUGAUGCUGGUGAUAAUCAUCAUCCUCAGCCUUACUUUGUACGAGAGAGGCGUAGUGAAGAGGAAGGGGGUGGCAGGUGGAAAUUCGUGGAGGAUGAAGCUGAAGACACAGGUUGCUCUAAAUCAUUGAAUGAGGUACCAGGGUUUGUUGAUUUUCCCAUUGCAGGAGGUAAGAGCAAAUUGUCUCAAAAUGUGCAAAAGCAAGAAAGAUGGAAGACGGAAAUGGCAGAAAGGAGUAGAAGCAGUGGUAAGGCAAGGGAAAAUGUUGAUGAAUUUAAGUCUGCCUUCAUGCAGAAAAGUUGCAAGUUUCUGGAGUCCACUGAUGAUGAAGAAAUGGCUGAGUGGUUUGGGCAUGCAAAGGACCCAUUAUAGAAAGCAUUGUAUUUGAACCAUAAAUUUCCAAACAAUGAUUCAACAGUAAUAGAGCAGCAACCUAGUAGUUGAAUUGGUUUGCCCUCACCCUAUGUAAGGGGAUUCUAUAGCCCCCAGUUUCCAUGAAAAAAAAGGAUGCUCAUUGAAUGAAUCUCUACUUAUAUGA